AUGGUCCAUAUCCUGGGCGUCGUUCUGCCCGACAAGCAGCUCGCAAAGCAUGCGUUGACGCACUUCUACGGCAUCGGCAACCAGACAGCGGCCCGCAUCUGCGCCCGACUUCAAAUCCACGACACCUGCCAAGUCGGCCGUCUGACACCCUCCCAACUCACCUCUCUCACGGCCUUCCUAUCCUCGCCUACAACCGCGCCAUUAAUCCCGCGUCUACCACUGGCCGGCACGCACUACAAAGCACCCGCGCCCUCUACGCCGUUGCAGAAGCUCCCCCACGCGACACGUCUGCUGGCGCCGCCUACACCCGCGCCGCCUCCCGGCCCGCGCACGAGUAAUGCUAAGGGUGGAGGCGACCCGUUGAGGAGGCUGAGGAUUGAGUCUGACCUCAGGAGGGAGGUCAGGGAGAACAUCGCCCAUCACAGGAUGAUUGGGUCCUAUGUCGGAAGGAGGCACGCGUUGGGCCUGCCUGUGCGCGGACAGACGACACAGAACAACGCACGGACGGCGAGGAAGUUCAACCGUAUCGAGCGCUUCGGUUAG